UUGGACUCCGGACUGGAAAAUUUGAUCAGUUAAUAAAAAAUGAGUUCUUUGGGAGGCAUGGUGGCCAUUCUUUCAAGCCUUCUGUGUGUGUUUCUUGUCUUUGUCCUCAUCAAGAUCCUGCACAAACUAUGGUGGACUCCGACUCGGAUACAAAAGAUGAUGAAAGCGCAGGGGAUCAAAGGUCCUCCUUACAGACUUAUCCAUGGAAACACAAAAGAAAUAUCCGACAUGAAAAAGGAAGUCAUGCGCAGGCCCAAGAAUUUAUCUCACGACAUAGUUUCUGGAGUUGUACCUCACAUACACUCUUGGUCACAGAUAUAUGGGAAGAAAUAUCUUCAGUGGCAUGGUUCUCUUGCACAGUUGGUCAUUACGGAGGAACCUGAGUUAUGCAAAGAGAUAAUGAGUAACAAGGAUAAAGCUUACCCGAAAAGAGAGCCCGAUACCUUUGUGAAGAAGCUAUUAGGAGAUGGCCUUGUGACAACAACUGAAGGUGAAAAAUGGGGAAAAAUGAGAAAGCUUGCUACCCAUGCCUUCAAUGGAGAAUGUUUAAAAAGUAUGUUUCCAGAUAUGGUAGCUAGUGCAGAGACGAUGCUUGAAAGGUGGAGAAAUUAUGAAGAAAAAGAAAUUGAGGUGUUUGAAGAGUUCAGGUUGUUCACUUCAGAAGUGAUUUCGAGAACAGCAUUUGGCAGCAGCUAUUUAGAAGGACAGAACAUUUUUGAGAUGUUGAUGAAGUUAGCCUUCCUACUUUCUAAAAACGCCCUCACAGUCAGGAUUCCUGGCAUCAGUAAAAUUUUCAAAACUAGUGACGAGAUCGAAGCAGAAAAACUUAAGAAAGGUGUAUAUGCCUCCAUAAUGGAUAUCGCUAAGAAAAGAGAAAAGACGGCAAUGAGUGGGGAUGAGGACGGCUUUGGGAGUGAUUUUUUUGGAUUACUUUUGAAGGCUCGUCAUGCUGCCAAUGACGGCCAGAGGAUUUCGGUGGAUGAUUUGGUUGACGAGUGCAAGACUUUUUACUUUGCUGGACAAGAAACCACCAAUACUUUGCUUGCUUGGACCGUCUUUCUUCUAGCACUCCAUACGAAUUGGCAAGAGGAAGCAAGAAAGGAGGUCAUAGAAUUAUUUGGGAAACAAACUCCAAAUCUCGAUGGCAUUACCAAACUGAAAACAAUGAGUAUGAUCUUCAAUGAGUCUCUAAGGUUAUAUCCCCCUGUUGCUGGUUUUGUAAGGAAAGUUGAAAGGGAAGUUAGACUGGGAGAUGUCAUUGUUCCUGCUAAUGUUGCAUUAGUUAUCUCAAAUCUAUCAUUUCACCACGAUCCUCGAAUCUGGGGACAGGACGCACAACUUUUCAAACCAGAGAGAUUUGCUGAAGGGGUUGCUAAAGCAACUAACAAUAACAUAGGUGCAUUUGUGCCGUUUGGAAUAGGACCUCGAAGUUGUGUGGGCUUAAACUUUGCAAUCAAUGAAGCAAAGAUUGCUGUGUCAAUGAUUCUACAACGCUACUCCUUCACUCUAUCCCCAGGUUAUGUUCACUCGCCCAUUCAGUAUGUGACAGUUCGUCCACAACACGGAGUUCAGGUAAUGCUUCACCCACUUUGAACUGCAAAGGCGAAUGUGGUGCAUGAAUCUUGCAAAGUAUCAUCUAAUCAGCUCCUGAUUUUAUGUAUUAGUCAAUUAUCAUUUCAUCUUUUUGAAGAUAUUAUUCUGCUUACUUUGGCAGCACUUUUGGAUAA